CUAAAAAUUGUCGGCCAAUCGUCGUCCGGUCACGUGACCCGGUUUUGCAGAGGCGUCGUCCCGCCGAACCCCCGGCUAAAAGCACCGAUUCCCAUCACAGUCAGCUGCCGAAACUCCGGUUGACUAGUCACCGUCCCAGUUGUUCGCUUCUCAGGUAGACGUUAAUUAACACCAACAAAUAUCAUCAUGGCUGACGAUGAGCGGAAGCGCAUCGAGGAUGAAAAGAAGAGGAAACAGGCGGAAACCGACAGGAAGAGGGCGGAAGUCCGCGCUCGACUCGAGGAGGCCUCCAAGGCCAAGAAGGCCAAGAAGGGUUUCAUGACUCCGGACAGGAAGAAGAAACUCAGGCUGCUGCUGCGUAAGAAAGCCGCCGAAGAGCUGAAGAAAGAACAGGAAAGGAAGGCCGCUGAGAGGAGGCGCAUCAUCGAGGAACGUUGCGGAAAGCCGAAAAACGUCGACGACGCGAACGAAGCCGAGUUGAAGAAGAUUAUCCGACAGUAUUACGACCGCGUCUACAUUUGUGAGGGUCAGAAGUGGGAUUUGGAGCGCGAAGUCAGAAAGAGGGACUACGAGAUCGCAGACUUGAACAGCCAGGUCAACGAUCUCCGAGGUAAAUUCAUGAAGCCAACCUUGAAGAAGGUGUCCAAGUACGAGAACAAAUUCGCCAAGCUACAGAAAAAGGCGGCCGAGUUCAACUUCCGUAACCAACUUAAACAGGUCAAGAAGAAGGAGUUCACCCUAGAGGAGGAGGACAAAGAGAACGCGUCAAAAGACAAGAAGAAACCUGACUGGUCGAAGAAGGGUCCAGAAGAGAAGAAGGUAAAGGAGGAAGAAGUCGAGGCAUGAGGAUGACGUUUGACAUACGAACAACAUAUAACAACGCACAAGUAAACGCUCGAGAUAUACA